UUCUUCGGCGUCACGUACAGAAUCGUCUGGAAGGCGGAAGAAUUGCUGUUCCACGUUUAUCUGGAAAAAUUUCUCUCUGAACUGCCACAAUGGCGACUGUUAUGCAGAAAAUCAAGGAUAUCGAAGAUGAGAUGGCGAGGACUCAGAAGAACAAAGCUACUGCUCAUCACCUGGGCUUGCUCAAGGCUAAACUUGCAAAGUUACGGAGGGAACUCAUUGCACCUGCGUCAAAAGGAGGUGGUGGUGCUGGUGAAGGAUUUGAUGUCACCAAAAGUGGUGAUGCAAGAGUUGGUUUGGUUGGUUUCCCUUCAGUCGGAAAAUCUACACUACUAAAUAAAUUGACUGGUACUUUUUCAGAGGUUGCUUCAUAUGAAUUCACUACUCUAACUUGCAUCCCUGGUGUAAUUGGGUACAGAGGAGCUAAAAUUCAGUUACUGGAUCUCCCUGGUAUUAUCGAGGGUGCGAAGGACGGAAAGGGAAGAGGAAGGCAGGUUAUCAGCACUGCCAGGACAUGCAAUUGCAUUAUAAUUGUUCUUGAUGCAAUAAAGCCUAUUACGCACAAGCGAUUAAUAGAGAAAGAGCUUGAGGGUUUUGGUAUCAGGUUGAACAAGGAGCCUCCUAAUCUAUCCUUCAGGAGAAAGGACAAGGGUGGGAUUAAUUUGACGUCAACUGUAGCUAAUACCCAUCUGGACCUUGACACGGUGAAGGCAAUCUGUAGUGAAUACAGAAUCCAUAAUGCUGAUAUCACUCUUAAAUAUGACGCAACAGCUGAUGACCUCAUAGACGUGAUUGAGGGUAGUAGAAUAUACAUGCCUUGUAUUUACGCUGUUAACAAAAUUGAUCAGAUUACCCUAGAGGAGCUGGAGAUUCUGGAUAGACUUCCUCACUACUGCCCAGUGAGUGCUCAUCUUGAAUGGAACCUAGAUGGUUUACUGGAUAAGGUAUGGGAGUAUCUUGAUUUAACUCGCAUCUACACGAAGCCCAAAGGAAUGAAUCCAGAUUAUGAAGACCCUGUAAUAUUGUCAUCUAAGAGAAGGACUGUUGAGGAUUUUUGCAGCCGUAUCCACAAAGACAUGCUGAAGCAGUUUAAGUAUGCUUUGGUUUGGGGAUCAAGUGUCAAGCACAAGCCCCAACGAGUGGGAAAGGAACAUGAGCUUGAAGAUGAAGAUGUUGUCCAGAUCAUUAAAAAGGUGUGAUCGUUGAAGUAAAAAAUGUUUGUAAUCUUUUCCAGCCUACAGGAAAUCCUUAGAUGCGAAUGGCCUAUUUACGAACACACGAGCGAAGCUUUCCAUGAUGGCAUAUCACAUCCAAAGCUUUUGGUUAGGAUACGGGGUGCUUUAGUUCAAGUACUACCUUCAGUUGGAGCAUUGGACAUUCAGUAGGAACUGAGCUUGACAUGUAAGUUGCGUCGUUUUGUUGUCGAGCUAAGAACAGUUCAUUUUGCUUUAUAUAUAUUUUUUCGUUCAAGAGAUUAUAACUGAUUGAGUGUUCAACUGAAUGUUGUUAGAUUGCACAUUUAUGUUCCAGUAAUAGUAAGCUGUACAACACCGCGUCGCAGUGUUACAAGAGUUAGAGCAGUUAGUACUGCUACUUCGUCCAUAAUAACCUCCUACUUUUCGGACAUUUGCUGGGUUUUGAUUUUGUUGAUUUUGUUAGGAGAAACUGGGAUUUCAUUGAUGAAUGAAAUAUAUAAAGCUUGGGAAAGCAUUAGGUAGGGACCCCA